AAAGCAAAGCACUGCCCGCUGAACUGACAUCCAAUACACUCACCGCCGCUUCCGCCAUCGACGGCUCAUCCUUCGCUCUCGAAUCAUCUCUGUUUAUCAGCCUAUACUAAUUGAAUAUUGGAUUGGAAAAUCGCCAAAGAUGUUGCCAACUGAUUCUACCAAAACGCUAUCCUUCAACCGCUGCAUAACGGAGGGGGAUUUGGUCAUUGUGUAUGAGCGGCACGACGUGAUGAAGGCUGUACAAGUUUCGGAGAAGGGGGUUUUACAGAACCGUUUUGGUAUGUUCAAGCAUUCUGAUUGGAUCGGGAAGCCGUUCGGCUCUAAGAUCUUCAGCAGUAAAGGCGGAUUCGUUUAUUUAUUAGCUCCGACGCCUGAGCUUUGGACUCUGGUUUUGAGCCACAGGACGCAGAUUUUAUAUAUUGCGGAUAUAAGUUUCGUGGUUAUGUAUUUGGAGAUUGUUCCUGGUUGCGUGGUGCUUGAAUCCGGCACGGGAAGUGGAUCCUUGUCUACUUCUCUUGCUCGUGCUGUUGCUCCCCAUGGCCAUGUUUAUACCUUUGAUUUCCAUGAACAGAGGGCUGCUUCAGCCAGGGAGGAUUUUGAACGCACAGGAUUGAGUAGUUUGGUGACAGUUGGUGUGAGAGACAUACAGGGUGAGGGUUUCCCAGAUGAAUUUUCGGGUAGAGCCGAUUCUGUUUUCCUCGACCUGCCUCAGCCAUGGCUAGCGAUUCCUUCUGCUGCAAAAAUGCUGCAGCAAGACGGGGUCUUGUGCUCCUUCUCUCCCUGUAUUGAGCAAGUGCAGAGAUCUUGUGAGACGCUCAAAUCAUCCUUCACCGACAUAAGAACGUUUGAGAUACUCCUCCACACAUAUGAAGUUCGAGAAGGGCACUUGCCAAGUUGGCAGGAUGGUGAUGGGGUUUUGGCAUCUCUUAAGGGUUGCAAGAAAAGACAACGGUCAACAAAUGGACAGGAGAAUUCUCGACCUCAGACUGUCUUGGCUAGACGAAUGGGUGAGACGAGGGGGCAUACUGGUUACUUGACAUUUGCCAGACUCAGAAGUUAGAAUUAGAACUUCUUCUGUGUAUUGCUGAUAGCAGCAGUUGAGUCUUUUUGUGCUGUUCCAAAUUCUAGUCUAUGCUUCGAAUUCUGUCAUAUAGUUUUAGCUUAGAGCUUUGGUUGAAUGUCAUUCUUUUUCCCUCUCAAAAUGUAGAGGUUUGAAAUUGUUGGAACCUUUAGUUUGUUUCCUGGUGGUUUAUUUGAAUAUUAUGAUUCUUAUCA